AUGGGUGGAAUCCAGCGGUUUGUUAUAUUGGUGGCUUGCUUGUGGUUUGUAUCUGUAGAUGCCAGGCGGAAGCUGAAGCGAGACCACCAGGAAAUUAUUAAUAGUUAUGAUGACGUGUCCACGGGAGAUGAAGACUAUGAGUUAGAGCCGUGCCAGUGUGGUGUGUUUAUGUCCCAACAAAUGGGCUUCAAGGACGGUCGUCGCACGAAACCCAAGGGUCCACCCACCGGAGAACCGGUUGUUACAUACGACACCGAUGGGCCCAGCCUACCCUGUGGAUCCAUCGGUUUCAAACACUGCAUCAGCACUUGUCUUGAUGUGAUAUUGAAGUACCUACCGCGCGCUGGGCCAGUGAUUUGCGGCGCCGUGGAGCGUGACGUUCACCGCGAGAAGGCGUUCCUCUUCGUCAGAAAUUGUGGCAGCGAAUGGAAUCCAACAAAUUUCUCUGCUGGCAAGGAGUUUUGUUGUACAGAUGGGAAACAUCAUAAGUGCUAA